CCGAACUAAGAACAUGAUGUGGUACGGAGUCCUGGGAACCAAAGAGCUGCUGCACAGAACCUACAAGAACCUGGAGCAGAGGGUUCUGCUGGAGUGUGAUGGACGGCCCAUCCCCCUCCCCAGUCUGCAGGGUAUAGCUGUUCUGAACAUCCCGAGUUACGCCGGAGGAACAAACUUCUGGGGAGGAACCAAAGAGGACGACACGUUCACCGCCCCCUCCUUCGAUGAUAAGAUCCUGGAGGUAGUGGCUGUGUUCGGGAGCAUCCAGAUGGCCGUGUCCCGGGUCAUCAACCUGCAGCACCACCGCAUCGCCCAGUGCCGCACAGUGAGGAUCACCAUCCUGGGGGAGGAGGGCGUCCCGGUGCAGGUGGACGGGGAGGCCUGGGUCCAGAGACCAGGGUUCAUCCGGAUCUUCCACAAGAACCGGAGCCAGACCCUGACCAGGGACCGGGCGUUUGAGAGCACCCUGAAGUCCUGGGAGAACAAACAGAGGUGUGAGUCCCCCCCCCCUCAGCCCCCCCUCUCCUCUCAGCCGGAGAUCCUCUCUGAAGAAGAGGCGUCACUCGUGAGCGACUUCGGACAGGCAGCCGGCGCGCUCAUUCACAGUAUCCAUGAGGGGGCUCAGUCACACCCCCCCCUGGAGCAGGAGCUGGCCCACGCCGUCAACGCCAGCUGCAAGAGCAUGGACCAGGUGUACUCCAAGACCCCCCAGGCUCUCAGCUGCCUGCUGGUCCUUCAGAUGGUCGGAGAUGUCAAAGCUCUGCUCAGUGAGACGGAGUUGCUGCUGGCUGGGAACAUGUCCAUGCAGCUGGACGCCCCCCAGCAGCAGCAGCUGGACUCUGCUCUGCUGUCUGUGGAUCAGCAGCUCCGACGGCUGGCAGACGUCCCCUGGAUGUCCCCUGCCAUCGAGGGUCCUCUCACAGAUUUCUCUAAACGGAGUCGCAGUGCAAAGUUUCGUCUCGUCCCGAAGUUCAAAAAAGAAAAAAACAACAAGAACAGAGAAACAUCUACCUGUCUGUCUCUACCAGUUCAUCAGUGGGGGACGGAGGAGGUGGGUAACUGGCUGGACUUCCUGUGUCUCUCAGAAUAUAAAGACAUCUUCGUUGGACACGACGUUCGCGGAGCUGAACUCAUCCACCUGGAGAGGAGGGACCUGAAGGACCUGGGAGUGACGAAGGUGGGUCACAUGAAGAGGAUACUUCAGGGAAUCAGAGAGCUGAACAGGAACAGCAGCGCCAGCGAGGCCUGAGGUCUGUGACAUCACAUCUGAGCUGUGAUUGGACGAUCCGGAGUGCCUAAACAUGAGCUACCUGCAGUGAGCGCUGAGCAACACUUCAUCACCAUUUAUAUUAUUAUUACUUUUAUUAGCAAUAUUAUUGUCAUUAGUGUCAUCAGAGCGGCCUUAUCGUGACGUCUGAGUGUCUUCAGGGAACACAGAGCUGAUGGCCAAUCAGAACCCUUUAAACCAUGUGACCAGGGUCAGCCAACAGGAAGCGGAGAAUAAAACUGAUUAAAUAUUUAUUUCUGCUUAAGAAACUGACGAGGAGCCAAUCAGGAGGUCCCAAAUACCUGUCUGUCUCUACCUGUCUGUCUCUACCUGUCUGUCUCUACCUGUCUGUCUCUACCUGUCUGUCUCUACCUGUCUGUCUCUACC